AUGUGGAGUACUGCUCCUAGUUAUCAGGAAAGAGUUACUAAUAGCUGGAGUCAGAUGGUUUCAGGCACUCCUAUGUUUCAAGUUGUUCAAAAUCUGAAGUGUUUAAAACAAAUUUUUAAGGAUUUGAAUCGUGAGCAUUUUGGGGAUCUCCCAGCGCAACUAUUACGUACCAAGCUUCAUAUGCUUGAUAUUCAAGGAGCUCUUCAAUUGGACCCUUUGAACAUAAGACUAAUUAAUAAAGAGGUUGUUACCCGGGCCAGUUAUAGAAAGUGUCAGGAUAAUUAUUUGGCCUUUUUGAAGCAAAAAGCUAAAAUCAGUUGGCUCAAUGAGGGUGAUGAUAAUACUAGUUUGUUUCAUCAAAGCUUAAAGCAAAGGAGAUCAAUCAAUUCUGUUUAUGCCGUGCAGGAUAUGCAUGGUCAAUGGGUAGAUUCUAAAGAAGGAGUCUCAGAAGCUUUUCUAUCUUUUUAUCAGGAGUUGUUGGGUUCUCAUUUGGAUAGCAGGAGGAAGGUGUCUCAAACUAUAGUUAAUAUGGGUCCUUUAGUUUCUUCAGAGCAGCAGCAAAAUCUUCUUCUUGACUUUACCUAUGAAGAUGUUAAAAGCGUUAUAUUUUCCAUUCCGAAUCAUAAAGCAAUGGGGCCGGAUGGUUAUGGGAGUGGUUUCUAUAAGACUAAUUGGGAAGUUGUUGGGGAGGAAGUUAGUAGGGAAGUUCUAUCUUUCCUUCACUCGGGUCAUAUGCUCCAGGAGAUCAACAACACUACUAUCACUCUUAUUCCUAAAACUCAAUGUCCUGCAUCUGUUAGUGACUUUUGGCCUAUCUCUUGUUGUAAUGUUUUGUAUAAGGCAGCUGCUAAGUUGAUUGGUGAGCGUUUGAGGUGUAUUUUGCUUGAAUUAAUAGCUCAGAAUCAGGGAGGUUUCAUACAUGGGAGGUUAAUUGCUCAUAAUAUCAUGAUUUUUCAGGAUUUAGUUCGUCAUUAUGGUAGGAAGACUAAGCAUCCUAGUUGCAUGUGUUAA